UCCGGGGCGCACGGCCCGCAAACGUGACCGGGCGUUUCUGGGCCCCAUAAAGCGCGGGCGGGAUGUGAAGCCGUUUUAUGGAGGCGGCCCGGCCCGCUUUGAUUCCCGCCUCGACUAGGGCGAGGGCCGACCUCCAAGCUCGUAAACGUGUGGGCCGCGCGCUCCCGCGGGGCCGGUGGGCCGCGAUAUAAGGCGCCGCGCGGGCCCUGGGCUCCAGCCACCCGCCGCAGCCAGAGCCGCCGCCGCAAUCAUGUCCUGCCUCUCCUCCCGCCUUGGCGCCCCCUGCGGGGUCCGCGCCUUCAGCUGCGCCUCUGCCUGCGGACCCCGGCCAGGCCGCUGCUGCAUCACGGCCGCCCCCUACCGCGGAGUCUCCUGCUACCGCGGCCUCACUGGGGGCUUUGGCAGCCGCAGUGUCUGCGGGGGCUUCCGCGCUGGCUCUUGCGGCCGCAGCUUCGGCUACCGCUCUGGAGGCGUGUGUGGACCCAGCCCACCCUGCAUCACCACGGUGUCUGUCAAUGAGAGCCUCCUCACGCCCCUCAACCUGGAGAUCGACCCCAAUGCACAGUGCGUGAAGCAUGAGGAGAAGGAGCAGAUCAAGUGCCUCAACAGCAGGUUUGCUGCCUUCAUCGACAAGGUGCGCUUCCUGGAGCAGCAGAACAAGCUGCUGGAGACCAAGUGGCAGUUCUACCAGAACCGCAAGUGCUGCGAGAGCAACCUGGAGCCCCUGUUCGAGGGCUACAUCGAGACGCUGAGGCGGGAGGCCGAGUGUGUGGAGGCUGACAGCGGGAGGCUGGCCUCAGAGCUCAACCACGUGCAGGAGGUGAUGGAGGGCUACAAGAAGAAAUACGAAGAAGAGGUGGCACUAAGGGCCUCCGCUGAGAAUGAAUUUGUGGCCCUGAAGAAGGAUGUGGACUGCGCCUACCUCCGCAAGUCAGACCUGGAGGCCAACGCGGAAGCCCUGACUGAGGAGAUUGACUUCCUGCGGCGCCUGUAUGAGGAGGAGAUCCGCGUUCUCCACGCCCACAUCUCAGACACCUCGGUCAUCGUUAAGAUGGACAACAGCCGGGACCUGAACAUGGACUGCAUUGUGGCCGAGAUCAAGGCUCAGUACGACGACAUCGCCAGCCGCAGCCGGGCUGAAGCAGAGUCCUGGUACCGCAGCAAGUGUGAGGAGAUGAAGGCCACGGUGAUCCGGCACGGGGAGACCCUGCGCCGCACCAAGGAGGAGAUCAACGAGCUCAACCGCAUGAUCCAGAGGCUGACGGCCGAGGUUGAGAAUGCCAAGUGCCAGAACACCAAGCUGGAGGCCGCAGUGACCCAGUCGGAACAGCAGGGCCAGACGGCUCUGAGCGAUGCCCGCUGCAAGCUGGCAGAGCUGGAGGCCGCCCUGCAGAAGGCCAAGCAGGACAUGGCCUGCCUGGUCAAGGAGUACCAGGAGGUGAUGAACUCCAAGCUGGGCCUGGACAUCGAGAUCGCCACCUACAGGCGGCUGCUGGAGGGCGAGGAGCUGAGGUUAUGUGAGGGCAUUGGUGCUGUGAAUGUCUGUGUCAGCAGCUCCCGCGGCGGGGUCGUCUGCGGGGAUCUCUGCGUGUCCGGCUCCCGGCCUGUGACCGGCAGUGCGUGCAGCGCCCCCUGCAGUGGGAACCUGGCGGUGAGCACGGGCAUGUGCGCGCCCUGCGGACAGAGGUGCAGCCCCAGCUCCUUGGUGCGGUUCCAGUAGUGCCUCGGGCUUCGUCAACACACUGCUCUCCGAGUUAACAGUCCCUGCCUCCAGCGGUGAGGCCCGCAGCAGCCCAAGUCCCUGGGCUUGAAGCGGAAGGGCUUCCAGACCCAGCCGGCCUGACCUGCCCGAAGU